ACUGCAGAUCGCGAGCCUCCAAAACAGGCGGACAAGCCACGGCUCCUUUAAGAGAAACUAAGUCAGGAAAGAUCACCCCUCCUUCUUCAGAUCCCCACUUGGAUGGUAGGCUAUUGCAUCAAAGAAACCUUCACUGGAGUUGCAAGUGAUCGAGGAGACGAUGGGGACUGUUUUUGAACAUCUACAUGAAUAUAUGAAGCAUUCCAAGUGAGAGAAGCGCAAGAGGAGUCCUCAUUAAUUAAGGAACUUGACAACCCCAAUAUUGAUUGACAGCUUGCUUGUUAAGAGAUAGUCUCAAUGUUUUUUCGGCAAUGGGCAUUUAACAGCAGUCUCCAGCGUGAAGUCGUAACAUUGUGUAGCUUGUUGUGAACCGUCUACAGAAGAAAGCAAAGGAGCACGGUACUGGAUUGUGGUGUUUUUGUCUUUUGCUGGACUUACGCUCAGUCUGGCAAUCAUCCUCUGGAGAGACGCGCACGGGAUUCAUAAUCUUGCAUUUGGAGUUAAGUGUUUAUAUACAGCCCUGGCCUCGUAGAAGACGCUUGGAGUCCAAGAGAGUCGGCUAGAGUGACAGGCCGAUGGCGCAACGUUAUGAAGACCUUCCCCAUUACGGAAUGGACGGGGUAGGGCUGCCCUCGACCAUAUACGGGGACCCUCACGCAGGUCGCUCCAUGCAAGCGGUUCACCUGAACCACGGGCCCCAGUUCCACUCGCACCAGUACCCGCACUCAACACACGCCAAUGCUAUACCGCCCAGUAUGGGCUCCUCCGUCAACGACGCUAUAAAAAGAGACAAAGAUGCCAUUUAUGGGCAUCCCCUUUUCCCACUUCUAGCACUGAUUUUUGAAAAAUGUGAAUUAGCAACUUGCACGCCGAGAGAAACUGGGGUGGCUGGAGGCGACGUGUGUUCCUCUGAGUCGUUCAAUGAAGAUAUAGCUGUAUUUUCAAAACAGAUUAGAUCAGAGAAGCCUUUAUUUUCGUCAAAUCCAGAACUGGAUAAUUUGAUGAUUCAGGCAAUUCAGGUAUUACGGUUUCAUCUGCUCGAGCUGGAGAAGGUACACGAGCUAUGUGAUAAUUUUUGUCAUCGAUAUAUCAGCUGCUUGAAAGGAAAAAUGCCUAUUGAUUUGGUCAUAGACGACAGGGACGGUGGAAAUAAAUCUGACAGUGAAGAUUUUACAAGAUCGUCUGGGCCUCUUGAUCAGAUCUCGUGGAACAGGGACCACGACGACACAGCAUCCAUUCGCUCGUCGGGGACGCCAGGACCCUCCAGCGGGGGACACACGUCACACAGCGGAGACAAUAGCAGUGAACAAGGUGACUGCCUGGACAACGGGGCGGCCUCUCCCAGCACGGGGGACGAUGACGACCCCGACAAGGACAAGAGGGAUCGUCACAACAAGAAACGAGGCAUCUUCCCCAAAGUGGCCACCAACAUCAUGAGGGCAUGGCUCUUCCAGCACUUGACGCACCCGUAUCCUUCAGAAGAGCAGAAGAAACAGCUGGCUCAGGACACAGGCCUGACAAUCCUACAAGUAAACAAUUGGUUCAUCAAUGCGAGACGGAGAAUAGUGCAGCCCAUGAUCGACCAGUCCAACAGAGCAGUGACUGGAGGAGGACCCUACACCCCAGAUGGUCAACCAAUGGGAGGCUUCGUCAUGGACGGCCAGACACACAUGGGAAUCAGACCACCUGGGCCCAUGGGUGGGAUGGGCAUGGGUAUGGGCGUGGAGGGCCAGUGGCAUUACAUGUGACCCUUUGCCAAAAGACCCAGCGCAGAACCCAGGGGGACACACUCAGAACUGCUUGGUACUUCAGAAAAUGCAGUGUGCCAUGGCAGUCCAAUUGACACGGAUAGGGGUAUCACUCUGACCUACACUGGUGCCCCCACCAUCAUCCUCCCAUCGCCUAGCCUGCCUCUGGGGCUGGAUCUGCCAGUGCUGCCGCUCCCUCCGUGACUCUUCUCUGACCCAGUGGUAUCAAUUGCGCUGGUGCCAAGCCUGAAACUCACCACCAUCGCCUGACUGAGAGUCAGUGAAGCCCACCCUUCUACUUUUCCUACUGUUUUCGAACCACCACUCUGACUGUGAAAGGCCUUGGAAGCCCCAUCAUGCCUUGUGAGGACUUCUAACAUUGUGAGGACUGUUCUUGUGGGAAGUACAAAUACUGAGUUCUCUAGUGGAUACUUCAAUACUUUUUUAAUUCAACCAAAACAGACAAAUUGUACUUUUUUCCCAAUUUUGUUGCAUGGCAUGGAUGGAAACAGAGGUGGGAGUCUUGCCUUGGCUGUGGACUUUUACCAAGAGAAGAAGCCGAUAUCUGUAUUUUCUGGGAGGGACUUUUUUUUUACAAACCCUGGAAACCUUUUUUUUUUAAUAAUUAAAUUGUUGUAAUUCUGGGAAAUGGCAAUAAUGUCAUGCAAUAGUGUGCCGUUUACUGUUUUGGCACAAACUCUAUGGACUAGUGACAAUUGCUGUUGCAAGUGCUCUGGUAUUGGUUUGUCAUACUAUGCUGUUUGAAAAAAAAAGACUAGUCUUAUUUACAUUUCACACUAUGUGUGUGUCUUUUUUUCAUAGACUUUUAUCUGCUAACCUACCACAAACCUCUUUGCAUUUGAAAAUAAAAAAUACUUAAGUGAAUCACUUUCUCUUAGUUUGCUCUAUGGAAACCAGAAAGGAACUGUUAAUACAGUAUAUUAAAUGCAGUAAAGGGCUUCAUAACACUUAACCUUCACUAUAAUUACUACAGUGUUGCAACACAGUUAGCCCAUGAGAGUAAUAAUUAUAGCUCAAAUGCAGAGGUAGCCUUUUACAUAAAUAGCUGCACCCAUCCCUGCCUCACCUGGGUAGUUUUGUAUUUACUGACUACUUAAUGGAUCGACUCACCUACUGCGAUGGGAAAGGCCUUUGCAAAUUGUGCCCUACCGUCAAUAUAGUGCACUACAUUUGGGUUCUGAGUAGUGCACUACAUUUGGGCCGGCCCCAUAGGGUUCUGAGUAGUGCACUACAUUUGGGCCGGCCCCAUAGGGUUCUGAGUAGUGCACUAAAAGGGAAUUGUGGUGCCAUUUACGUUUACGGGUGCCAUUUGUGAGAGAUCCAUAGUGUUGUUUGUGGGGGUAAGAACCACUAUCUCUCUCUCUCUGGUUUCUCAGCUGUUGUUUGACGUGUGGCUGAAGGAAGCAAGCUGUUGAGGACAUAAGGUUGGCUUGCCUGUUGGGACGUUGUAUUCACGUCAGAACCAAGACAAGGACAGACCAGAUGGGCUUCCCUGAAGAGACGCUGUAUUCACAUCAGAAACCAAGAUCAGCACAGACCAGGUUGGCUUGGCUGAUGGGACAUUGUAUUCACGUCAGAACCAAGACAAGGACAGGUCAGGUUGUCUUGCCUGAUGGGAUAUUGUAUUCAUAUCAGAACCAAGACGAGGACAGACGAGGUUGGUCUGUUCACUGAUCUGUUCACAAUUAUACUCAAUACUCAAAUAUUUGCAUGAAUUUUCAACAGAUAAAAUGCAUUGAACUGAAACUCAGCCACUUCCAACUGGAGAGCAUCUGAGACAAAAAAAUAUGCUGACACUACACCAGCCACUACCAAACAUCCUCCAUGCUGAGAAGAAGAGCUAGAUACAAAUGGGAAUCUACCCUGGAAUUUCAGGGACUGUAAAUAAGCAGACGCCUUUUAUAUAGGCUGCUGUUAGUGCAAAUACUUAUGUGAAACUCCAGGAACAAUUUGCAUUGCCCAGUGAAAGUCUACACACAAUUUGCAGUCUUCACAUUUUGAUGACUUAAAUUACAUCUAGAAAGGGAUUUAAAAAAAAUUAUGAUUUAUUGUGUAUGUCUUUACACUCACAAAGAUAAUACUUUAGUUGUUUUAGUUUUUUGUGUCAAAAAAGUAAAUUUGAUUGAUGGACAACAAUAUUAAAACCAUGACUCUGAUUAUGAAGCAAAUGUUCAUGACUGGACCACCCAGGAACACCCAGUGCCUGUUGGUGAAAGCCAUUCUGGUGUGUCAUAAAAAUGUAAGUAAUUGUCUUGCUGGAAAAUUGUUUUGCUGGUCCCACAUAGCUCAAUUGUCAGUGCAUGGCCCAUGCAAUGCCAACGUUUGUGGGUUCGGUUCUCACGGGGGAACUGUUUAGAAAUGUAUGCACUCGCUACUGUAAAAUUUACUGUAAAUUGUAAAAACAUUAUCCCAGGGUUACUUUUUCAAAACACAUUUUGGAUUAUAGGAUUAUAUUUAUCAAAAUAAUAUGAAUAGAACAAAAGAAUAAUAGACUUGAACGUGGACUUCUGUUGUAUUCAUUGUAUUUCUGUUCAUUUUGCCAUAUCCAAUGGGCAUAAUCCAGACGGAUAAUUUUCAAAGAAGAAAAGGGUGGAGUUUCCUUUACCUUUUACCUGGGCUUUACUCCUUUCAUAACCUUAUCCUGACAAAUCCCCCAGUCCCUGCCAAUGAGAAGCUUGCCCAUUGAUGCUACCUCCAUAAUACUUGAAUAUAUAGUUUCACUUGUGUUGUCUUGCAUUGAAUUUUACUCAGACAAUGUCUUUGCAGUUUUUUCUUGCAGUUUUAUAAUCAUGUUGUAAAUGUAAUAGAUUUGGAGCCAAUUUCUUUAGCACAGGCUUACUUACUUUUGCUUUACCUACAGGCCAGUAAUUUGGUCUGGUUGUGAUGUUGUUGAUCUCUUUGUACAAGUAUUGUGGUGGCAGCAUCAUGUUACGGGUAUGCUUGCUUCAUAAUGAUUUGCUCUGCCUUGUGAGGACAUACACAAUCGAUGCAUCUUCAAUACAUAUUUCUUGGUCAUUCUGAAAAUGUUCUAAAUAUUUUUUUUUACUUUUAAAAUAUGCAGUAGUAGUUCAUGUAGAUCUGUUGGAAAAAAACAUCAAAUGUAAUCCCUUUGGAGAUUUCAUGUUAAUGCCGCAAAAAUGUGAAGACUGUACAAGGGUUGUUUAGAUGUCCAUUAGAGACUGCACAUACACUAUUUACUAACAAGAUGCUUAAAAUAAAGAAAGUCCUUGCUAGAUACAAAUGAGAGACUUCCCUGGAAUUUGAGGUGUGGGGGGGAUUUGUGUAAAUCUGCCCCAAACACUUAAAUGGAGAGAUUAGUUCCCACUCACGCUCUACUUCUCUCCCUCAAUAGACAGGCUCUCCCAAUCCGCUGGGAGUUUCCUAGAUACACCUCAUUUGGAAGCCAGCAGCCACAAAAGAAACCAUCUAUCUUCUUUUUAAAUUAAAUUAGUCAUUUGGUGUAAGGACUGAGGGAUAUUGUGGAAUUUUUGGUGGGUAAUCCACUUCAUCUAGAGUGAAGAUGAUGGUCCACAAAGAAAAGCAUUUUGAAACUGGCCACAAAUCUUAUUUUUACCCCAAAUGCAAUUUUUAUAAUGUGAUUUUAUUUAAAUAAAUGAGCACCAUAAUGUUAAA